GGAGAUCGAGGUUGGACCCCUUCUUGCGCGGUGCAAACCCAAGACAGACGAUCACUCUACAUGCAGUGCAGUGGUCGACGAAACUCAUGUCGCGGAGGACGUGAGUUAGGGUCUGGUGUUUUUGAAGAGAGAAUAACCUCUCUGUUUGUGACCCUUUCGUUGAAAUACUACUUACUGUAAGUACCAUGGAGGACGAUAGUUCAGCUCGUGUGAAGGAGCUCGAGCAGCUGCUCCGGGAUGAAAAAGUUAUUACUUCCCACUUGUCAGAGCGAGUGGAAAGACUGGAGGCGGAACUGGAUGCAAUGGUUGCCUCCACUGUGGUCUCUGCUCCGUCAGGGAACAGGAGCUUUCUCUCGAAGAUCAAAUCUUCGAAAUCUGUGGAGAAGAAACCUAUGCCACACAAGAAGAUCGGAGUCAUCGCUCGCCGUCCGUCUGAAAACACUGCGGCUGGUUUUAAAGUCAAUCUGGUUGCCAAGGAAGAAAGUGAAAAGAAACUCAUUCGUGAAGCCCUGAAAGUCAAUCGCCUCCUAUGUUCUCUUGAGCCUUCUCAAAUCCAAGAUAUCGUGGAUAGUAUGUCCUUGAAGACACUUUCCGCCGGUGAUAACGUCAUUGAGGAGGGCACUGAGGGCGAAGAGUUCUAUAUCAGUGCCUCAGGCAAGUACGAAGUGUUUCUGAAUGGAUCUUCCAUCAAGACCUUUGGCACCGGGGUAGUGUUUGGUGAGCUCGCUAUUCUGUAUGGUUGUCAGCGCACAGCCACCGUCAAGGCUCUAGCUAACACUACUGGGAGCUCAGAGCCGCAUUCAGUGUGGUGCUUGGAUCGUGCCGCGUUCCAGAUGAUCACAAUGCGUGUGGGUGUGCUACGUCACCGCCAGUACUUGAGAUUUGUCAAGCCCGUUUUCAGCCACAUGAAGGAAGAGCAACUGGUUUGCUUAGUGGAUGCACUGGUCGAGGAGCGCUAUGCUGCUGGAGAGUUUAUCAUCAACCAGGGUGCGUUGGGUGAGACUUUCUACAUCGUGCAAGAAGGAACGCUCAAUGUAACACAACGUGAAAACAAGAACAAGGAGAAGGUGCUGCGAUCACUGAAGGUAGGUGAUACGUUCGGCGAGAAAGCCUUGGAAACUGAUGAUGUGCGCACAGCUAGUGUUGUUGCUGUCAGUGACUCUACAGUCCUAGCUCUUGACCGGGCAACAUAUUUCAGACUCUUUGGACGUGACGGUAAGCAAGAGUCCACAGCUGCAACAAGUAUUUAUGAAGCUGACCAGCCUUCGCCUGUAUCGUCAUCGCAAUCAACCGAUGCAGAGCUCAGCAAUUCAAGUAUCACAGACUUCAGUGUACUGGGAAGACUGGGAGCAGGUGGCUUUGGACGUGUGGAUCUCGUCAAACUCCAGAACACGGAUCGUACCUUUGCUCUGAAAUGCCUGGCAAAGAAGGAGAUUGUAGCCCGCAAGCAGCAGGCACAUGUGUUCUCUGAGCGUGACUUGCAGGCAUCAAUUACGCAUCCGCUGAUCGUUCGUCUCUACCGCACAUUCCGCGAUGCACGCUAUCUCUACAUGCUCUUGGAACCUUGUCUUGGUGGAGAGAUGUGGUGUGUUCUUCGCCAAUGCGGACGUCUCACCGAAUGCGAAGCACGGUUUGUUGUCGCUUGUGUUGUGGAGGCCAUCGCUUACCUCCAUCGGCGCCACAUUGUUUUUAGAGACCUCAAGCCAGGUAAUUUGAUGUUGGAUGGCACUGGCUAUUGUAAGCUUGUGGACUUUGGUUUCGCCAAGUACCUACCACCGUCUGUCCACAAGACGUGGACAUUCUGUGGCACACCGGAGUACAUGACGCCUGAGGUGAUUCUGAACCGCGGCCACAACUUCAGCGUUGACUACUGGGCCAUUGGUAUUCUCAUCUUUGAGCUGCUAAGUGGAUGGCCACCGUUCUCCUCCUCUGACCCUCUAUUCACCUACAACCAAGUGCUAAGUGGAUUUGAGCAGGGCAAGCGAUUCCCUGCUGUUGACUUCCCUGCCAAGGCCAAGGAUCUGGUACUAGCCCUCUGCCAACAUCGACCAACUGAGCGGCUUGGUGUUGGCACUGAAGGAGUGGAUGCAAUACGCCGCCACAAGUGGUUUGGUGCAUUCAGUUGGAUUGGUCUGCGAGAGCACACACUAGACCCACCUAUCAUGCCAGAGCUGAAGGGCAAUGAUGAUCUGACGAACUUCGACCAGAAUGCCGCAUCCAGGAAUCAGAAGAAGACGCCUCCAGAGGACUUUUCUGGUUGGGACGAAGGGUUCUAAUUUGAGCUGUGUCCGCAACACGACCUAGUGACACUGCUGGGUUGCUAUGAAUAGCCAUGGCAUACCAUUGUCCUGUUCUAUCUGUUCGGUCGCUAGGUCCUAUUAGUUCUGUUCAUAUGCUGCAAUCCAAGCCCCUCUUGGUCCUCUUUUGUAAUUAGUCAGAGUCUCUCAUCAUGUAGCUGGCUGCAAAUUGUCCGUAACUUCUGCACCCCUGGCCGGUAUUGGCAUGAUUGUUAGCUCAAGAAGCGCCCACUCCUCACACUCUUGAUGGUCUGGUACUGCACUUGUGUACCGCACACCCGAUUUCAUACACACUCAUUACAAUACCUGAUUCCCACAUAUGGCAUAUGGCAUGACCUUGUACAUGUAGAUCCAAAAGAUGAAUAAUAAUUAUUAUUACUAAUAGUCUUUAUCAUGAAUGAAAGCAGGCACAGAAUCAUUACACACUUGACUCGCUUGUUUCUUCCAGAUGACUUUGCUUGUAUUUCCUUGCUGCAUCUAAUCAUUAUCCUUUUAUCGUGAUUUUGGUCUUGGGUGCACGUUCAAUUACGGACAUCAUCCUCCUCAUUAUGCAUGUGUAACUUAUCCCUGUUGUCAAACUAUCGAUGGUGCCAAGACUCAAGAGUACAGUACUGCACAGAAAGAACUUUCCAGUGAACAUCUUU